AUGGUCUUUUGUGUUGGUUUCAAUUGCACUUCCAAUGUCGUUCUGUCAUAUUUAGAUAGUGGCUCUCCCAGCUCCUCUGUAUCGAGCUACAAAACUGUUUUCCUCAUCCAUGGUCAUUCUUUCAGCAACGACGAUGGCCCUCAAGCUUCUGCUACCGACGAGGCCAAGACAAAAAUCCUAGAGCUCCGAGGCCUGGAGAUUUUACAUCAGAAGGUGGAUGGUGAUGAGAAGACCCGGAAAGGUGGACUAGCUAUCGUUGGCUGGUCUUUUGGGAUCACAUUUUCCCUUUCGGCAAUCGCGAACAUAGACUCCUCGUUGGUCUCUAACGGGAUGCGAGAUCGGGUCGGACAGUAUCUACGUGCCCAUAUUAUGUUAGAGCCCGCGCUCACGGGUUUUGGUCUUUCCAUUCCCCCAGAAACGCGGCUUGCGUUCCGCGAUCCCAACAUUCCUUACUCAGCUCGCGCACCGCUCUUCAGUCAUCUCAACACAGGCUAUCACGACUACAGACAAGAACUUUGGCUUUCCCGAACGCCUUCAAUCUACACUUUCAUCGCAGCGGAACAUGACGAGAACAAUAUGGUGACGGUAUGGGCAGUUAUCGGGGAUCAAACUUACUCCUUCGUCUGGCCGACCUUUUGGGAGAUCGAGGACGAUGAUAUGAAGGCUGGGGGGGAGAGAAGGGAAAAUGGCGUGAACCAUUCCACGCAUUGGGAUGAGCCCGAGAAGACAAUGGGAGUAUUCAGACGGUUACCAGACACAUCUUAA